CAGGGGUGUGUUAGGGAGUGUGGGUGACAGCCAGUGUGUGAAAGUGUGUUUCCAGAGGCCACAGACCAUUGUCUUUGGCGCAGACCUUCAAACAUGAACCUGUUCUGCUUCUCUCUGAUCAGGUAAGAUGAGGCCCCACGCAGUCUGCGUGAUCUGCGUGUAAGGAGGGGCGGGCCUGCGCUGACUCCUCUUCCACUCAAAGCACGACUCAGGGCUUUACUGUCAGGAGGGCUCGUCAGAUAGCAUAUAUGAAGCACCCUACAGGCAGACACGUAAGGAAGUGCUCCCAAAGCACCAGUGCAGCCCCUCUCUCCAGAGGCCUGAGUGGGGGGGCUCAGAUCCAUCCAUCAGUUCUGACCGACCACAGACUACAGUCAAAGUAAAGAGGAAUAAUAGGUCACAUGUGCCAACAUCACACUUGGACAAUGAAACAUUAGACAUUGACCGUGCCUGCUGGAUGUCAUCAGGCCACAGACAGGACUUAUGUCAUCAAAGCAAAGAGAUGUGUAAAGCUCCGUGUCAGAACAGCAGGCUGACGAGAGAUGACAGGACACGGACAGAUCUACCAGCUCAGGGCGCUGAAACGGCUGACACAGCAGAAUCAAUAUGCUCCACAGGGAGCCUAAAGAGGCUGAAGAACCUCCACCUGCUGCACACAAAGAAGGGACAUCAGAGGGGAGCUGCAGCAGAGAAGAGGACCUCUGAGAACAAUGUUCAUUUAACAGCUGAGUUUGGUAACAACAAUCCAGUGCUGAGCUGCAUCGGCCUGAGGAAGAGAACAGAGAAGAAGCCUCCUCCUGCUCCAUCACCACAGCACAACCACACGGCCAAAGACAACCAUGUCGAUUCAGAGGAGGAAGGAGGUUGGAGCCCACAAACUGGGAAUGAUCUGUGGAACCCCUUUGAGUGUUCUCAGCCCUGGACCCCCCUCCACCACACAUGCCACCAACCAGGACAUGAGCUGCUGGUCUGCGGGGGCACCCUGACGCCACACGGCUCCACACAAUGGGAUCGUUUUGAGAGUUUAAUACAGGAACUGGACAGCAAACAGUCUGAUCUGUGUCCUCCAGAAAUGACCCUCUCCAUCACAGACCUGCAGCUCUCACAGGACACAUUGAGCAGGUUCGGGAGAUUUGACGCCUUCAGACAGCCCUCUCCUGUAAUGAAACCCCAGGAUAAUGAAAGUGCUUUGCAGGGGGAGACCUCAUCAGACUGGAAGCAUGUGAAGACCUCACCUGAGAAGAAGCUGGCAGCCGUCUCUACUGGAAACAAACAGAGAGAUGAAGCGGAGAAGAGGAAAGUUGGAGUUGGGCGAUCCUCUCGUAAAGCACACAGGCGUUCCAGAAACUCUCUGGAGAGCCUGUACAGCCUCCACAGUGGACAAAGCUCCUCAAGUGGAGUCACCAGUGGGUCAGACUGCUCCAGUAACAGAGACAGUCUGAGGCUGGAGGACGAUCUGUUGUGCACAAGACAGUUCUGUGGGCGAGCUGAAGUCCAUACAGACUUUGUUCCAAGCCCAUAUGACACGGAAUCUCUCAAACUCAAGGAGGGAGAUGUGAUUGACAUAAUCGCCAAGCCCCCCAUGGGAAUAUGGACAGGCAUGCUGAAUGGCAGAAUUGGAAAUUUCAAGUUCAUUUAUGUGGAAGUGCUAACAGAGGACAGUCCUGAUGCACAUAAGGAAACCCAAACCCACGAAUUGAGACAGAACUCAACUGUCCAGGAAGUGUUAAAGUGCCUCAACAUGGAGGUGUAUUCCUCGUCUUUUCAGCAGCACGGUUACAAAACAGUGGGUGACUUGUUGAGGUUCAGGGAGCAUCACCUGACGGAGCUGAAUGUGACGGAUCCAGAGCUCAGGCAUCGUCUGCUGGCCGCUGUCCGCUCCCUGCAGCAGCCAUGCUCUGAUCAUUUGGCGGAUGAGUCCAAUCAGGAGGCUGGAACCUCCGGCGAGAACACGAAGGAAGAUUUGAACAACUGCCCAAGAGAUUCGGGCUGCCACAUGCCCUCUGACAGCACCAACAACAUCACCGAGGAGCCAGACCUGGAGUUUGUCUCUGACUCUGAGGACCCUCUACCAGCUGAGCAGACGGCUUCAUAACAAUAAUCUAUAAUGUCCCUGUGCUGUCUGUCUCACUUAUAAUGCUGCUUUUCAGAUCACUUGAGAAUAAAACACAGUUUUUUAUUCAGGAAAUUGUGUCAUUUGUCAUUAUGUAAAAUAAAUUGCCCAACCUUUACC